AUGGCCAAUAGCAGACCAGCGCGUCUUCAGGAAAAAUCCCAGAAAUACUUGCGGGCACAUUUCGGCUCCAGUUCUCCUCCCGUUUAUAAGGAGUGCAAAUUGAAUGCGUGUGUUGCCUUGUUUGCAGGAGGCACUCCAUAUCCUACCAUCGCCAAUCAGAGACUUUUUCAAGUCCUCAGCAGUGGAUAUAGACUGGAGAAGCCUCCGAUGUGCACAGAAGAAACGUGAGAAUUUUUUUUCGCCUUCUUUGAUAUCGAGACAUUUCUAAUAAGGCAAUGCGAACAAAAGAACACCUUAUCUUGCAUGGUGAGAAUUAAACCCUUUAAAAAAAUUCAGAUUCUCAUUUGUUGUCUCUGUACAUUUCCUAUAGAAGUAGUGGGGAGAAUUUGUUAAAGUACAAUUCGAUUCAUCUUGUGUGAUCAUGUCUUUAAUUCUCGUAAUGGCAUGACAGGGAGAAAUUUGAUAGUGAUCACUUUCAGAUCUCAGCACAGGUGUAACAGUUUGUUGAAGUGUUUCUUGUUAAAAGACUGAGCAAAAUUAUUGAAACAUUUUUCUAUCUAGCGGGUUUAUAGUUAAUUAAAGAGCAAUAUUUUCCUAAAUGUUCAGCAAUCUUUAGUGACAAAAAAGGGAAGAGAUGAAGUGGUUAAAAAUGAAUCCAUAAUAUGUCCCUGAAAAUAAAAAAAUAGCUUCAACAUAACAUGAAUUCUCUUUCGCUUUAUAUAUUUUUUUAAAACAAACUCUUUUCUUUUUCUUGAUAGGUACGAGCUCAUGCGCCUGUGCUGGCACGAGAAGCCAGCCGAGAGACCAUCCUUCACUUUCAUUCACGAACAACUAGAGCAGAUGAUGUUACGUCAUUGUUCUUAUUUGGAUUUGAGUAACGCAAACCAGUAUUGUCACGCUCAGUGUUGUGACACUGAUAGUGGCGUGGAAAACACUGCAUUUUAAAGUAAAAUGCUCCUUACAAGACUCCUCAUGAGAUGAGGGGUAGAGAAAUCGUCGGAGAACGUAAGUUUGCGUCCUUGGUAGGUUGAAAUUGUACCCGGGAAAUUUUAACAAUUUACGUGGCGAGUUGGCAAAUAAGCAGAUGGGGGUUUACUGCUCCUCGCCUACAAUGGUAUACUACUGUGAUCGUUAGUCUUGUUAUCGUUUAGAAAAAGCGUGAGCUUGGAAGAGACUGAGAAUGGGUCGAAUUGGACAAUGAGAUUAUUUUGGAAACGAACGUUUUCACACGACGACACGGCGGGUGUCGAGAAAUGAACUACUGUAGUUAAAGUGCACGCGACAACCUCCGAAAGGCAUGUGGUUAGUUUUAAGUCCCUUACUUCCGAUUACCGGAAAAUUGUUCAUUCAGGGAAAGCCGUUUGCAAGUUGAUUACAAGAAAGCAAAAUGUUGGUUCGACAGCUAAAGUGUGAGAAAAGUUCUCACACCUUUUGCAUACUUUUUAACUUCUAAACCGUUGUUUCAGAGAAAAGUUGCGGUUUGCCAAAUGUUUUCAAAAAUAAAAGAGCAUAAGUAACUGAGUUGACAGGCAUGUGUUGCACGUGAACUUGAGACUGAAAUAGCCAAUUUUUGAGCUAAUUUUACAUAACGAGUUAACCUACAGGCCUGGUUCAAACGUAGCCAGUUCCCAGUCACAUGUGCGGAAUUCAAUGCUAAUAGGGAAAACCUAUUGUUCUACCUCACUUGCAUCAGGAAAAGACAGACCUGGCACAUGUAAAGUGCGACGUUUGACCCGGGCCUUGAGGCAUAUUUGUUUUUUAGUUUUAUUUCCGUUCAACUAUCGUACUAAUAUUAUUUCCCUUUCCAAAAAACUUCGUCUUUCGAUACAUUGGCCCUCCAUCUGUACGGACUAUAGGCGUUGCCGGUUUAAUUUAUUUUUAUUAUUUAUUUGACUUCUUAAAAUUCAUUUAUUAUAUCCGAGAUUACCUUUGGCUCAUUCCCUCUUGCCUUAAUGGAUUGAUGCGUACACUUACGCUUUCAACCGACAACCUUUCUCGAAUUAGUUUACGGAGUCCCCUCGCAUGCGGUUGCACGUGCAGUCAGUGUACCAUGACAUUUUCGUGACCGGUGUUUGCAUAACAUGCCGGUUUUUUGUUAGUCCCGGAUCAGGUCUCUGCCUUUUUACCCUUGCUCAGUGAAACGUAGCGUCAACACGCACGAUAUAUUUGUCUUCUCCUUUCUUUUGCAAUCCACACUGUAUAUAUUUUCUCUCGAUAUGGCAAAAGUUGAUCCUCAC